UCGGCUCAACAUCGUGGGUCUACUCUUUUUAAUUUUAUUUAUUAUUUUACUCUUACUUUGUAAUGACGAUGAUGAAGUUGAUGAUGUGAUGUGUUGGGUGAUGUUCGUUGGUGUAUGUUAUUAAAGAGUUGAGAGAGUGGGAUCGAGGACCAAGUACUGGCAAAUCGUACGAUUAAAAAAAAAAGAAAAUAAAAGAAAGAUAUAAAAAAAAACACAUUUUCUGAGAGAUCUGGUGAACACUUUCGACAACGCAGUUUACAUCAAGACAUCAUGAAGACACGUUACUAUUUAUCAACCUACAAAUAUUUAUUAUUUUUAGUUUUUUUUAUUACACAUUAUUGUCAUGCGGAGGAUUAUUAUGGCAAAUUAAUUGGUAAAUUAUCCGAGUUACAUCAUGGACUGAGCGGUGAAGUUUAUGCGGUCGAUGCCAGAACAUUGUUUAUCAAGGAUUUAACUUAUGAUGGUGAAGGUCCUGCUGCGUAUUUUUACGCCGGAAACUCGCGAGCACCGAUAAUAAAUGGAUUUAGAAUCCGAGAUGAAAAAGGUAAUUCAGGACCAUUGAAACAGUACCGGAAAAAAAAAAUAACUCUGACACUACCGGAAGGAAAGACUUUGAAAGACAUAAGAUGGUUCUCAGUUUAUUGUGACGCCUACUCAGUUAAUUUCGGGGAUGUAAAAAUACCUCGAGGUUUCGAUGCUCCAAAACCACAAAAGCUCGCAGGUUUAAAUGGCGUCCAUGGAGUCCGCUCUGAGCCCGUGGUGGUCGUCGACGCCCAGACACUAUUAGUACCCUCAUUCUCGUACGACGGAGAAGCCCCAGAUGCGAAAUUCUGGGUUGGUUCCGGAGCACAUCCAUCAUCCAACGGCAUUAGAUUACCCGAUGAAAAUGGGAGAGAAACACCAUUACGUGCUUAUGAUCGUAAAACAAUAGUACUAACUCUACCCGGUGAUAUUACUAUUCAUCAAUUGGGCCAUUUUGGUAUUUGGUGUGAGGCCUUCACCGUAGACUUCGGUCAUAUACAAAUUCCAUCCAACCUCAAUGUACCACCGUCACUCAAAAUGCUUGGCAUUUCACCUCAGUCGAAAUUAAAUUGUGAGGUACUCGAUGAUAAUUUAACAUUUGAGGUAAGAUGGGCUGUUGCUGGUGAGAGUAUUGUUAUACAACUCGUUUCACGUUUAGAUGACAAUAAUUACAUGGCGUUUGGGUUGUCAGCUAAUCCGGAGCGUAGUUUGAUGGUGGGCGGUGAUGUUGUAGUAGCUUGGGUUGACAAAGAGACAUUGCAAGGAUACGCGAUUGAUUAUAUACUCGAUGGUAAAUCACAGUGUUCUGGUAAACGUGGUAGUUGUCCAGAUACUCGUAUACAGGACUCAACGAAUUCAAUACGUUUGCUAAACGCUGCAAUGGUAAAUGGCUACAGCAUUAUAACAUACCAAAGACCAUUAAAAGCCUCUGAUGAAUUGGAUCUCGAGAUAAAAACAAACCGUUCGCAAGCAAUUAUUUGGGGUAUUGGUCCAUUAAAUGAAAGAAAUGAGGUCAGCUUCCACACUCACUAUCUCAAGAGCGACAAAUUAAUUGAAUUUGGACGACCCGCCGCUUGGAAUUGCCCAAUGCCUCAGACUGAUGACGAUCAAUAUGAAGAAGAAAGUUUAAACAACAGUCCGACUACUCCUAAAAAUAAUUUCAAUAAUAAUAAUAACAAUGACAAUCAAAAUAACAAUAAUAAUAAAAAUACCAACAAUAACUACAGUUUCACUAACAAUACCAAUAGUAAUAACAAUAAUCAAAAUAUUAACGAAGAAAUUUCAGUUAAACCUACAACUCGUCGACCAACAUCACGUUCUAGACCUUAUACUGCAACACCAGCACCCGCAUCAACAGCCAAUGCAUGGGAAAUACCACCAAUUCAAUGUCAUGAACCAGAUGAUGGGACAUUUUACGCACAACUUGGUCCUACUGGUGGUAAACAUGGAUAUCCUGCGAUAACGGGUCACGUUGGUUGGGGAAUUUCCUGGUACAUAAAUGGUUUAUUGAUACCUGAAAUUAACGUAGUACGUGGCCGUCAAUAUUCAUUCAUCGUUGAAGCGGGUGAUGAUCCAAGUAUACCAGCAAAAUAUCAUCCAUUUUAUAUAACUGAUGAUCCAGUUGGUGGUUACAUGCAUAAAACCCCUGAAGAACGUGCUCAAGUUAAAAUAUUUGCUGGUGUGAAACGCAGCCAAGAUUCAAAUAAUUUAAUACCGACUGGUGUCGGUCGUUUUUGCCGUUGGAACCAUGACCAGAAUGCACCUGAUGCCGAUAGUUAUGCGUCAUUUGGUGCAUUCCAACGAUCUUUGGAACUCGUUUGUGAAGAAGGUGUUCCGGGUAUUGUCACAUGGACACCCGAUAAAAAUACUCCCGAUACCGUUUAUUAUCAAUGUUUUACCCAUCGCUAUCUUGGCUGGAAGAUAAAUGUCUUGGACAAUUGUCAAGAACCUGAAGGAUCAGCAUCUGACACUCAUCAAUCUUAUGAAUUACCUGAUUCCCAAGUUGACUCAAGUAUUCCAACACCUACCAAGAUACACGUGGUGGGAUCUAUAACCAAAAUUUAAAAUUAACAUUACCCAGAAAUCAAAAUCAACUGUACAAACAACACAUUAAUAAUAAUA